AUGUGGCGAUCAUUAGGAAAACUACACCUUCACCCGCGGAGACAAUUCACACCAGGAACCGUCUCUGCCAGGACCGCAUUCUCGUCCUACAGCCGGUCACUCGCCUCAACUACUGCUACAAGGACAAGUAUCCCUAAACCCAAGCGGACCAUUGACAAAUAUGAUCCCAAUCAGGCUGGCUACUUCGGCUCAAAAGUGACGUCAGGAUCAGGAUCAACAACUGACACUGGAGCAGGAAAACCCGAUUCUCCAGCGCAUUUCACAAUGCUGCUACCUCCACCCAACGUCACCGGCUACCUCCACAUCGGCCACGCCCUCACAGCCUCGAUCCAGGACUCAAUCGUUCGGUGGCGUCGCAUGCGCGGGGAGAGUGUAUCCUGGGUCCCCGGAAUGGAUCACGCUGGUAUCAGUACUCAAACCGUUGUUGAGAAGAAGCUGAUGCGGGAGCAGAAACUGACACGGCACGAUCUUGGACGGGAGGCGUUUAUCAAGGAGAUCUGGGAUUGGAAGGAACUCCAUGGGGAUCGGAUUACGAGACAGUUUCGGCGUUUGGGCGCGUCGAUGGAUUGGGAGGAGAGCUUCUUUACAUUGGAUGAGGACAGGACCAAAGCUGUCAAGGGGGCAUUUAUUCGGUUGUUUGAGGAUGGGCUUGUGUAUAGAGACACGCGACUUGUCAAUUGGUGCUGUGCCUUGGAGACUGUUAUCUCGGACAUUGAAGUCGACCACGAGGAUAUCGAAGGACGGACAAUGUUGAACGUCCCCGGCCGCCUGAAAAAGGUGGAGUUCGGAGUGCUGCACGACUUUGCGUACAAGGUGGAUGGCGAUGGAUCACAGGAACUGGUCGUAUCAACAACACGUAUCGAGACCAUGCUCGGAGACGAGGCUGUGGCGAUCCACCCAGAAGACCCUCGUUACAAGCAUCUUCACGGUCGACAUGUAAUCCACCCUAUCUCGGGCAAACGACUUCCUAUUAUCUGUGAUCCCGAACUCGUCGAAAUGGAAUUCGGAACCGGCGUCGUUAAGGUCACACCAGCACAUGAUCCAAAUGACUAUGCAUGCGGGCGGAGACACGGACUUCCUAUUGUCAAUAUCUUGGACAAGGACGGAACCUUCAACUCGAACUGCGGAUCAAAAUCAUACGAGAAAAUGAACAGAUUCGAUGCAAGGGACAAAAUUGUUGAAGAGCUCAAGGAACUUGGAGUAUACAGGGGCAAGAACGAAAAACAUGCUAUGCGGUUGGCGCGUUGCUCACGAUCUGGAGAUGUCAUUGAGCCCAUGGUCAUGCCCCAGUGGUAUAUUAAGUGCGAUGGGAUGGCCCAGCGGGCGCUGAAGGAUGCCGAGAACGGGAACCUGGUUUUUCACCCUGAAUCUUCUAUCAAGGACUGGAACCGUUGGUUGGAGAACAUCCAGGAUUGGUGCAUCUCGAGACAGCUGUGGUGGGGCCAUCGGAUCCCAGCCUACAAGCCUGUUUUCGAACACCACAGCAUCCUCCAAACCCACUUCCCAACUGACACAGGGGACGGCCCCUGGUUCGUAGCCGACUCUGAAAAGGAGGCCACUCGACAGAUUCAAAAGUUUCUCGCCGACAAAGGGCUCAAGGAUACACCCUACAAAAUUGUCCAGGAUGCUGAUGUGCUCGACACUUGGUUCUCUUCAGGACUAUUGCCCCUCUCGGCUUUGGGCUGGACUGGAUACCCCCUUGAAAAGAUGACGCCCUUGAGAUACCCGACCAACUUGAUCGAGACGGGGACAGAUAUCAUGUUCUUUUGGGUUGCCAGGAUGGUGAUGCUGUGUACGCACUUGUCGGGCGAGGUACCGUUCAAGGAUAUUUUGUUCCAUGCUAUGGUUCGAGAUGCUCAAGGAAGGAAAAUGAGCAAAUCUGUCGGGAAUGUCAUUGACCCAACUCAUGUCAUUGAAGGUAUCACGCUCAAGGGUUUGAAGGCGACUCUGGAGGGCGGGAACUUGGCUGCCAAGGAGGUCAAACGGUCGCAGACUCAGAUGGAGAAGGAUUUCCCGAGAGGUAUCCAGGCCAGUGGAGCAGACGCACUUCGGUUCGCGUUGGUGUCAUCGACUCAACAGUCGCGUCAGAUCAACUUGGACUUGGCGAACGUUACCUCGGCCCAGCAUUUCGCCAACAAACUUUGGAACCUGUCGGCGUUCUACCGGACCCGUUUGGGCGACCUCAACUAUGUAUCGUCGGUCACUUCUGAGACCGUCCUUGCCCAAGGGUUGACCGAAUUCAGGAAAUCAGUCUCUGCCAGUGGUCAACAGCAACAACUCUCGCUGGUCGAGAGGUUCAUCAUGUCGCGUCUUGCUGACACGGUGAACAAGGUCAACGGCGGGAUGGACCAGCUUGAACCGUCGGUUGCGACGGAUACCGUGCGCAAGUUUAUUAUCCAGGACCUGUGUGAUGUCUAUGUCGAGUUCAUCAAACCUGUCCUGGUGUCUGAGGACCACAAGUCGAUCCAGCAACGGGAUAGCGUGUUAAAGAUCCUGCAGACGUGCUUUGACGCGUCGUUGCGUAUGAUGCACCCCUUCAUGCCCUUCGUUACCGAGGAACUGUGGCAAAGAAUGCUGCCAGAGUCCGCAGCUGGAUCCACGUCAAUCAUGGUUUCCUCCUUCCCGUCGCCCUCAGAACUCGAGUCCUGGAAAGAUGAAGCAGCCGAGAAGGACAUGGAGGUGGCGCUGGGAGUGAUUCAGGCAUCACGGUCACUGCGUCAAAGCCAUCAGGUGCCCAUGUCCAAGGAGCUCCCUUUCACCAUCUGGACCAAUGACAUCUCCCUCCUAGCACCUGGAGGAGCUCUCCUCGAAAGCCAAUCCUCCCUGUCGCAUUUCACGCGCUCCACCGGUGAUAUCAAACUUGCCUCAUCCACCUCCAACGACUUGGUGGUGGACCCCACCGUGAUGGCUGUGCAUAUCAUCAGCCCCGAAUUGAAGCUCCUCACCCCGCUUUCGGCCAUCAAGGACGCUAUUGCUGAAGCGGCCGCUGCCGAUGCCGCCAAGGCCGCCGAGAAAGCAGCUGCAAGUGCGGGUGGAGAGGGUGCGGCAAAGAAGCAGGAACAGGAAUUGAAGCGCCUGAACAAGAAACUGGGCAAUGUGCAAGCCGAGCUGGAGAAGUUGGGCGUGAGGUUGGGACGGCCCGAGUAUUCGGAGAGGGUUCCUGAGAAUGUGAGGCAGCUGGAUGGGAAGCGGAAGGUGGAUUUGUUAGCGCAGGAGGAGCAUUUGUUGACGACUAUCCGGACCCUUGGUAGAGUCUGA